CUUGCUCAACGAACAAAUUUAAAUGAGUACAAUGAAUAUUCAUCAUCUUCCCUCCUUCCCCAUCUCACUACGUGUCCCAUACGAUCCCUUCUUUUCCUCUUUUUUCUCCCUUAUUCUCUCUCUCUCUCUCUCCCUUAUUCCUUCUAUCAACAUUGUCUUCUUAAUUUAAACACCAACUUUCUUUCUUUCCUUUUGUUAUUUCCACAAAACCCACAAAUUUUAAUAAUAUACCGUCAUUUUGGAGAGGCCAAUUAAUCAAGUUUGCGAUUAGUAAUUAAGGCCUCUCCUAAUCUCCCCUCUUCUUCUUUAUCUUUAUUAGACCGUUGGAACCCACAUUAUAAAUUUAUACACAAUCUUUUUUCAAACUAAUUAACCCCAAUUAUCAACCUACAUUCUUAAAAAAAUCUAAAAAAAUGAGUGUAAAAAAGAGUAAUAAUAUGGGUAAAGCAAGAUCGGCUAUUUUUUUAACAGGACGAGCCAUUAAUGAAGGAAUAAGCUUCUUAAUCUUUACAUUGUUAGACAUUUUAGAUUUUAUUCUAUGUUUAGUUUUUAAAGUUGUUGAUUUUAUUAUUGAGGCUGAAUGGAAGCCUUGUUAUUGCUGUUCGUCAUCAGCUAAAGAAGCCAUGGCUGUUACAAGUAGUGGUAAAACAAUCUUGGUGUCUGAAAAUGGUGAUGAAUCUACAAAGAUUGUUAGGUUUACUUCAAGUAAACUUCAACUUGAAGAUGUUUCUGAUACACUUUAUAAUCGAAAUUCUUUUGUGUCUGAGAUCUCUAAAACAACUGUUAAUGAGCUUAAAAGGCUAAAUAAGGUUGAAUAUGAUCAUAGACAACAAAGUUGUUCAAUGAUUUGUGAAAAAAUGGCAGCAAAAACUGCGUCUAAAAAUGGUGGAAAGACAACCGUGUUUACUGUUAAUUCCACCAUCGUUGAGAUGCUUCAAGGAAAAAUAGGGGGUAAACAAGUUUUUCCAAUUCCUAGAUGGUCUGAUUGUGAUUGCUCUACUUGUUGUUCUUGGACCAAAUCUUCUAAAGAUACAUUAUUUGUCAAUGUCGAUGGUGCUAAACCUGGAGACAAGACAAGCGAGGAUGUAUUGUUCAUACAUGGAUUCAUAUCAUCAUCCAAAUUUUGGACAGAAACUUUGUUUCCAAAUUUUUCAGCCGCAACAAAGUCAAAAUAUCGAUUAUUCGCGGUGGAUUUACUAGGGUUUGGCCGGAGUCCAAAACCAACAGAUUCGUUGUACACUCUAAGAGAGCACGUUGAGAUGAUUGAACGAUCAGUUUUAGAGAUGCAUAGAGUGAAAUCCUUCCACAUUGUUGCACAUUCUUUAGGCUGCAUUUUGGCUCUUGCACUUGCUGUGCGCCAUCCUUCUAAAAUUAAGUCUCUCACCUUAAUUGCACCUCCGUAUUUUGAAGUGCCAAAAGGAGAGCAAGCAACACAAUAUGUGCUAAGACGGGUGGCCCCGAGGCGAGUAUGGCCACCCAUAGCCAUGGGAGCAUCCAUAGCAUGUUGGUAUGAGCACAUAUCUCGCACAGUUUGCUUGCUCAUAUGUAAGAAUCAUAGAGUGUGGGAAUUUCUCACCAAACUUGUCACUCGAAAUAGGAUUCCACCGUAUUUAUUGGAAGGAUUUUGGUGCCACACCCAUAAUGCAGCUUGGCAUACAUUGCACAAUAUAAUAUGUGGAACAGCCAACAAAGUUGAUAAAUACCUUGAGGUUGUUAAAAACAAACUUAAGUGUAAUGUGACCAUAUUUCAUGGAAGAGAUGAUGAGGUUCUUCCAAUUGAAUGCAGUUACAAUGUCCAAUCCAAAAUUCCUCGAGCUCAAGUUAAAAUCGUCGAUAACAAAGAUCAUAUUACCAUUGUUGUUGGUCGUCAAAAAGCUUUUGCACGAGAACUCGAAGAUAUAUGGUCAUCUUCAUCACCUUUGAGUGGUUAAUUUAAUAAAAUUAAGAUUUUAAGGACACAAAUCUUGAACUUUAAAUAGCACAUACAUAUAUAUAAGUUCCCACAAGUUUUUUAUUCUCCUUAAUAUGAAGUAAUAAGGAGAAAUGAUCAUUUUCACUAAUCCACAUUUAUAAAGAUUGCCCAUAUUUAUAGGGUUAUUUUUUCUUCAUUUUGAUUUUCCUCCCUUCUCAAAAAAAAAAAAAAAUAUUGUCAAGAUGUCAAGUUAUUUAUUGGCCAUUCACAAUUUGGUGUGCAUUGUUAAUUGCCUAGUCUUAAGCCCUAAGCUUAUUUCUCAUAAGUUAUAAUAUUAGCUUGUUGAUUUGAUAAGAGAAAUUGUCAAUCUUUAUCUUUCUCAUUAGA